UGGGAAGAAAGGUCAAGAAUCGCUGGCUCUUGAAGGCACGGAUUUACUGCUACAACAAAGACUAUGUAACUAAUACCACUGGUAAAACAAAUCUGUUAUUUCAAAAGAGACCGUGAGUACUAAAAUGAGUACGUUUUGCUGCUCAUAAUACAGCAAAAUUAGCCAAAUUAAAUACGCUAUCGUCCGUUUUUGUGUGACUCAGUCGCCGACACAGUACUCUGGCUAGCUAACGUUAGGCGGCUAGCAGCUUCAUUUAUUAUUGUUUUCGCGUUAUUUAGCGGCUAUAGAAAUACGAUUUGCCGAGGUGCCCCAGCCGAGGCAGGGGUCUGGACUGCCUGAGUGAUGUUUUUCUGUCCAUCCCGGGAAGAUGGAUGAGAAAUCCAGCAGCAGCAGCCACCACCGGCUCCUGAUCGUCCUGCUCAUGGUGUUGCUCUUUGGCGUCAUUAUGGUCCAGUACAUGUGCCCGAGCAGGUCCGAGUGCCAGAUGCUGCACCAGGUGGGAUCCUGGUUGAAGGUCGGCAGCGCAACUGGUUCCCGGAGUAGUGGCAACGAAGUCCAAGACGGGCUCCCAAAGGAUCCAUACAUUGCUGAAGACGGCGCUCUGGUCCGCUUUGUCCCUCGCUUCAACUUCACCAAAGCCGAUUUAAAUCGUGUUGUAGAUUUCAACAUAAAAGGGGAUGAUGUUAUAGUUUUUCUGCACAUUCAAAAAACGGGUGGCACGACGUUUGGUCGACACCUGGUGCGGAACAUUCAGCUGGAGAGGCCGUGCGAGUGCCACGCAGGUCAAAAGAAAUGUACCUGUUACCGGCCAGGUAAAAAGGAAACCUGGCUCUUUUCCCGUUUCUCCACCGGCUGGAGCUGCGGGCUUCAUGCGGACUGGACUGAGCUGACCAGCUGUGUGCCGUCACGCAUGGACUCACGAGAGGUUCCCAAGAACAUGCCCAGUAGGAACUAUUAUUAUAUAACCAUCCUAAGGGACCCAGUGUCACGCUACCUGAGCGAGUGGCGUCAUGUGCAGCGUGGUGCCACAUGGAAAGCCUCCUUACAUGUGUGUGAUGGACGUUCACCAACACUGUCUGAGCUGCCAAGCUGCUACUCAGGAGACGACUGGUCAGGUUGCUCACUGCAGGAGUUCAUGGACUGCCCCUACAACCUGGCCAACAACCGGCAGACCCGCAUGCUGGCUGACCUAAGCCUAGUGGGUUGCUACAAUGUCUCUGCCAUGAGUGAGGAAGAGCGCUGGGCAGUGCUUUUGGAGAGCGCUAAACGUAACCUACGGGGCAUGGCCUUCUUUGGGCUGACCGAGUACCAGCGUAAGACCCAGUACCUGUUUGAACGAACCUUCAACUUGGAGUUCAUUGCACCCUUCACACAGCUCAACGGCACCCGCGCCUCCAGUGUUGACGUACCUCCUGAAACACAACACAGAAUCCGCCAACUAAACCGAUGGGAUGUAGAGCUGUAUGAGUACGCCCGUGAUCUUUUCCUGCAGCGUUUCCAGGUGGCGAGGCAGCAGGAGCGCAGGCAGGCCAGAGAGAGGCGGCAGCAGGAGAGGAGGCGGCUCCGUGGAAGGCUCACAACAAAGCAAGGGAGGCAGCUGAAACCCACAGAAGCACCCCUUCAGCCGGACCGCCACUUUGUUGUAACUGAAGAGCAGCAGAGGGAGAAGGUUGGUGGAGACAAUGUGGAGUCAGAAGUGCUAUUCCCAGAAUGGUGGGAUCUGGAUGAGAAUAGUACCAUGGAGGACUACAUGGACAAUGUGGAACAAUGGUAGUGAUGGGAACAAGCAUUAGAGUCUUAACACUAAGUGUGCCAUGUUCGGCCUUGUCUGUUGUUAAUGAAUCCAAGCUAUUUUUAGUAUAUGCCUUCCACUAUUUUUUUUCUCACAUGAACUGUUUGAAAUGCUAAAUUUAUUUAUUGAUACUGAUUGUAUCCCUUUUCCACAACUGACAUUCAUAAUGGAUAAUGGAUGGAAUUCUUAACAGAAAGAAAGGCUGCUGUAGCUACCUGCAAUCCUGUACCUUUCAAUGUUCACACAAGCCUUCUAGACUGUUCUCCUGGUUUUUAAACACAUCUGAACUCUUUUUUAUUUUCAAUCUAAUACUUGUUUAUCUUAAAAAAAAAUAUGCUACUGUUUGUGAUAAACUAGCUAUAUGUUGGUCUUGUACGAAAUGUGUACAUUUUACAAUGUACCUGUGUUUUUAAGUGUCUCUUAAGUGAUAUGAAAGGAGAAUCAAAUUUUCAUAGAUACCUCAAUGUGUUGCAUUAACUAAUAUUGUAAAAUUACUGAAUGUGUCACAUGUCUCAGUUUUUAUAUAAAAAUCCUUUUA